CAGGUACAACCCGAACUGCAUCCAGGCCCAGCUCAAUUGCCACAUGCGAGGCCUCACCGGCGUCACCGAGCCGUUCGGGAAAUUAAACCCGGCCCAAAAAGAUCAGAAACGAACCGCAUCGGAGCGGAGCGGAGCCAACGGCGAAACACCACCAGGGUCAUACACGGAGACGCCGCACGCACACAGGGGAGAGAGAGAGAGGGGAGUGGACGACUGGUCGCCCAAAUGGAGGCGGCCGCAUCGUCGCCGUCGCCGGAGCAGCCGCUGCUCCGGACCCCGACCCCGCCUCCCGGCCCCCGCGCCGGCGCCAGCUCCGGGAACUCGCCUUCACCCUCGCCCGCGGCGGCGAGGCCGAGCCGCCUCGCGUCGCUCAUCGGGCGCGCGGCGGGGCGGCGCGGGCCCUCGAUGCUGGUGCGCGAGACGGCGGCGCUGCAGCUGGAGCGGAGGCGGGCGGACUGGGCACACUCCCGCCCCGUCGUCGCGCUCGACAUCGCGUGGAACGUCGCCUUCGCCGCCGCCGCCGCCGCCGUGCUCGCGUCCUCCGCCGAGGAGAGCCCCGUCAAGCCUCUCCGCCUGUGGCUCGUCGGGUACGCCUUGCAGUGCCUGGUGCACGUCGCGCUCGUCUGCUCCGACACCCGACGCGGCCCCGCCCUUGCGCGUGGCUCCGCCUCCGACAUCGAGUCCGCCGCUGACGCUGGGGCGGACAGCUCGGAAAGCGACGACGAAGACGACGACCGUGUGGAACAGAGGAGCAGCUUUACGAGUCGAUGUGAGUCGAUGAACACCAUGAUAUCAUUUCUGUGGUGGAUCAUUGGAUUCUACUGGAUAGUGACCGGUGGGGAGGUUCUCGAGCACGGUGCCCCAAGGCUGUAUUGGUUAGCCGUAGUGUUUCUAGCCUUUGAUGUGUUUUUCGCUGUGUUUUUUGUUGCUGUGGCCUUCUUCAUUGGGGUUGCUCUGUGUUGCUGCUUGCCUUGUGUGAUUGCUAUUCUGUAUGCUCUGGCUGGCCAGGAGGGUGCAUCAGAUGCAGAUAUUAGCGUGCUUCCCAGAUAUAGAUAUUCUGUUUCGAGUGAGAAUGAACAAAAAGGAACAGACGAGGGAUUGAUGAUCCCUAUCCUGAAUAAUGGUGGAACAUCAACAAGCGAGCGGAUUCUCCUUAGCGAGGAUGCUGAAUGCUGUAUCUGUCUCUCAUCAUACGAAGAUGCAGCAAAGUUAUCUGCUCUCCCUUGCAACCAUCACUUCCAUUGGACAUGUAUUACCAAGUGGCUACGCAUGCAUGCGACCUGUCCCCUUUGCAAGUACAACAUUCUCAAAGGCGGUGAUAGUGCGUGACAAACUAAUGCUGACAUAACUUCCACGUCCAGAGCCUGUAUGCUUCAUGCAUCAACAUCCCGACUCCUGAGCCAGCUUGUGCAAUGUCUUUGUGAUUCCGAUCUGGUUGUAUGCUGAUAACAUCACUUUUAAGAGCUGUUAUUAUAAGUGGCUACUUGAUGUGUGUUUUCCUGUUUAGGAUGAGGUGACAACCUGUAAAUGAAUCAACACUAACUUACAGUUGGGCUUGCUAAUAUCACUUGUAAAUAUCUUUCGA